CGAUCCAUGCAGUUUAGACUUAAAUAUGUACAAUUAGAUUAUAUUAUCAUGUCUUUAACCCGCUUCGUGCAUCCCGUGCUCGGUAUAAAGUUCUAUUUGUAUUUAUUUAUCUGUAAUCAUUUUCUUUGUAAACCGAGUACAUAAAAUGUUAGCAACGCAUCAUUCUAGACACAAUUGAAAAUUAGACAAUUCGAUACAGUCCGUUCGGUUCCUUUCAGUUAUCCCGUAUUUUAGCACACUUAUUAUAAUACCUUUAAGAAGAUUUUGUUAAUAAAUGGUGAUAUUGGAAUCUGGGUUUUUCUGAGACAACUAAAGACAGGAGUUCAUAACAUACUGGUGUCAGAAGUGGGAUAGAGAUAAACAUAUUUCCUGUCCGACAAAUACAGCAAGAAGUCCAACUUAAUCAUCAGAAACUGGUAAGUGGAAAUAUUCUUUUUGUUGUCCGUUUUGUUGUCUUGUUAACACCGUCCAAUCCUUUAAUAAAAUCAAAAUGACUCUUAAUUCCGAAACUCAAACCCCUAAUGAAUCGUACAGUCUUUCCGACAUUCGUGCUUUACUUCCAGAAACAUUUUCGGGCGAUCGUAAUGACCUUUAUGAUUUUCUCCAAAAUUGCGAAAAUGCCCAUAGUUUAUGUCAGUCUCCACAACAAAAGAAAUUAAUUUUAGCUUUUAUUGUAUCCAAAUUAAGGGGAUCAGCUCGUGCACAAAUUCGGGAAAAAGAAUUUAAUACAUGGGAUGAACUGAAAGAAGUUCUUAUCAAUGCAUUUUCAGACGGUAAAGAUUUUAGUCAACUUAUGGAAGAACUAAAUACUAUCAGUCAACUUAAACAUGAAUCUGUUAUCAAAUUCUAUACUAGAUUAGAUCAGAUGCAAACGCGAAUACUCAAUUUAAUCUCUCUUAAACACAGUACUCACAUAAUGGGUAGAAACGAAACAAUUCGCGACAUUUCUUUGCAACGUUUUGUUCUGCAUACAGUGGAAGAAAUUUCUACAGCCUUGAGACGUUCCAAACCUAAAACUCUUUCAGAGGCUUUAACUGAAGCUCUGUUGGAAGAAAAAUAUCUUCUAGCUAAGCGCUCUGAUAACGUAUCAAAAAAUUAUCACAAAAGUUGUAGUUAUUGUCAUAAAACAAGUCACUUUGUAAAAGAUUGCCGUCAGAGGUUAAAAAAUACUUCUAAUCAUGUUAACUUCAAUAAUGAUCAAAGUAAAUCAAAUAAUUUCAAUCAAAGUAAAUCAAAUAAUUUCAAUCAAAGCAAACUAUCAAAAUUCUGUAAUUAUUGUAAGAAACCGGGACAUUUAAUUCAGGAGUGUAGGAAAAGAGAAUAUAAUAAUCGGCAGAGAAAUCAGUCAAAUCGUAAUAUUUCCCAACCGCAAAAUAAUGCUGCAUCUUCAUCUCAGGAGGUUCAUUUAAACUUUCAAAGAUCCCAGGUGAUUGACCGUGCCAGUGGAUCAUCUAUAAAAUCAACAUAUGACAUUCAAAAUUGCAUUAAUUCUAAAAAUCAAGUCUCCUUACAUCCGCUAACAAACAACAGUUCAUUAUACUCCAGUUCAAAUACUGAUACGCGAUUACAAGAAUCUCCCAUUAUUUCCAGUCGUCGAGUUAUCGACAUUCAGUUAUCAAAAAAUGACAAUGUUUCUUAUAUAAUUCUUCCGCAUGAAGGCAAACAGGGUAUUGUUUAUUUCAAAUUCCUAAUUGAUACUGGUGCAAAUAUUUCUUUGAUAAAAACUCAGAAACUUAAACAAACCAAUCUAACAUAUAACCCUAAUGACACAGUGAUUUUGAACGGUCUUAGCAUAAAUUCUCCUGUCGAAACUUUGGGCACUGUUACUCUAAUACCUAGAAUAAACGAUCAUCAACUCGAUAUUAAUUUUCAUAUUGUGAAAGAAGACACUACUAAUGUACCAUUCGAUGGACUAAUUGGUAAUGAUUAUCUUCUCACCCAACAAAAAGCCAACAUUGACUUUGAUAAUCUUAAGCUAACUAUUAAAGACCUUCCAUUUCCAAUAAACAUAAAUUGCAACUCAAACCCAAAUGAUGAAUCAUGCUACUAUUUAUCUCCGCGUUCAGAAACUUUAAUAAAAGUAGGUAUUUUGAAUAAAAAUAUUUCCGAGGGUGUAACUCCCGAAAUUCCUAUCUGCGAAGGAGUCCUUCUCGCUAAAGCUAUUUUAAAAGUAAAUACUGAUAAAACCGCUUAUACGACUAUUCUAAAUACUUCCGAUAAGAAAAUAAAAAUCGAUUAUAUUAAUUUAUAUUUAGAAGAUAUACCUUUCGCUAAGUGUCUGUCACUUAACACCUCAACUGAAUUUGACAAUGUGUCAACUAAUAGGCUUGACCUUCUUCACAGCAAUUUGCGACUAGAACACUUAAAUUUGGAAGAAAAAGAAUCUCUUUUAAGCCUAUGCCAGUCCUAUAAUGAUGUAUUUCAUCUACCUGGUGAUAGUUUAAGUCACACAACAACUUUAUAUCACGAAAUCAAAGUUACUGAUCCUACUCCGGUAUCGUCCAAAAUUUAUCGAUUUCCAAAAAUCCAUGAGUCAGAAGUUGAUAAUCAAGUGCAAAAGAUGCUUCAACAAAAAAUUAUACGACCUUCUUUAAGUCCAUAUAAUUCUCCGCUUUGGGUUAUUGAAAAAAAACAAGAUUCCUCUGGUAAACGUAAAUGGCGAGUAGUUAUUGAUUACAGAAAACUAAACAAUGUAACAGUAGGUGAUUCUUAUCCUUUGCCACAAAUAGAUUUCAUACUUGAUCAAUUAGGUCACAGUAAAUAUUUUACCACAUUAGAUCUAGCUUCUGGUUUCAAUCAAAUUUUAGUACACCCUAAAGAUAUCGAAAAGACCGCUUUCUCAACGCCAAAUGGUCAUUUCGAAUACUUGCGUAUGCCUUUCGGUUUAAAAAAUGCACCUGCUACUUUUAGUAGAUUAAUGAAUGCAGUACUGAGUGGCUUGCAAGGUACUCAAUGUUUUACUUACAUGGAUGAUGUGAUUAUAUAUGCUUCAUCAUUACAAGAACAUCAGACUAAAUUAAAAAACGUUUUUGAUCGACUACGUUUGAAUAACUUAAAACUGCAACCAGACAAGUGCGAGUUCCUACACAAGGAAAUUUCUUAUUUGGGUCAUGUUAUUACUGAAAACGGAGUUAAACCUAACCCCGAAAAAAUUUGCGCCAUUUCAGACUAUCCAAGGCCAACAAAUACUAAAACUAUCAAACAGUUCUUAGGCUUAUUAGGAUACUAUAGAAAAUUCAUUAAAAACUUUGCUGCCAUUGCUAAACCUUUAACAUCACUUUUAAAGAAAGACAUUGCUUUCGUUUGGGGACCGGAACAAGAACUCUCCUUUACAACUUUCAAACAGGUAUUAACUAAUGAACCGAUAUUGCAAUAUCCAGAUUUUUCAAAAUCUUUUACCCUUACUACGGAUUCAUCGAACUUUGCUAUAGGAGCCGUUUUAUCUCAAGGUGACCGCGAUCUACCUGUAGCUUAUACUUCUCGUACUUUAAAUAAGGCGGAAUGUAAUUAUAACACCACUGAAAAAGAGCUAUUAGCCAUUGUGUACGCUGUUAAACAUUUUCGUCCAUACCUGUAUGGUCAGAAAUUUAAAAUUGUGACAGAUCAUCGUCCUCUAACGUGGUUAUUUAAUUGUCGCGAUCCUAGUUCACGUUUAAUUCGAUGGCGUCUUUUGUUAAACGAAUACGAAUAUGAGAUCUGUUAUAAACCGGGUAAAAUAAAUUCCAACGCCGAUGCUCUUUCGCGAAACCCCAUAUUAACCACUUGCGAUAGUAGACCAUUUCACCCUUCUUAUGACGAUUUUGUCCGAUUUCAUUACGAAAACCAAGAAAUGAUAACUGUAGAUUCAGUAAAAGAAAACCCUCUUGAUAACUCCCCUAACGCACUUUUAAUUUCAAAGGAUUUAAACGAACAAAAUCUCUAUUAUGAAACGCUGAACAAAUUGUACGAUUUCAAAUCAAUUCCCCCAGAAAUUAACAUAUAUGAUGUUAUACCUUUGACUAAUGCUAAUAAACAGAAAACAUACCUGCUAGUAACACACUUAAAUUAUUUUGAUGUUCCCUCAUAUAAAGAAUUAUUUUAUUCCUUACUUAAUCUGAAAAAACAAUUAUUAAAAGAUAACGUCCAAAAGAUUCACUUCAAAAAUCCAUUGUGUUAUAAUAAGAAAUUUAAAUCUGAUAUGAUAAAUGAAUUAAUACAUUUUAUAUUCAAUUGCACAGACAUUAAAGUCGUCCUCGUUAAUAAUGAAAAAAUUACUCCCUCAAAAGAUGAAAUCCAACAUAUAUUAGAGGAAAAUCAUGCAACUACUGCGUCAGGUCAUAAUUUUAUACAUUCUCGUAAGAGACGUGGAAUUGUCAAUGGAGUGUCAACCGGAUUAAAAUGGUUAUUUGGAAUACCUGAUGCUGAUGAUGCCGAAUUCUAUUCUGACUCUAUAAAAUCCUUAUUAAGCCAGAACCGUGACACUCAGUUACUAAUGCAAAAACAAAUUCAUAUUAUUUCCUCAGCUAUAACAAAUUAUAAUAACUCAGUAAGUUCCUUUAAAAAUUAUGAAAUGAGAUUAAAUGAAAAUAUCAAUCGCUUUAAUAAUUUUAGCAAAGUUGUUUCUAAAAAACUAAACCAAGUAACGGUUGUCGAAGACAUUAUUACACAUUUAAAUUUAUUGACACAGCUAAUAACUGAAUUGAAUGAAGAAUAUGAUGUACUAAUUUCUUCAAUCUUAUUUGCUAAGCAAAACGUUUUACAUCCGUCUAUUAUUAACCCGAAAGAACUUCAAACACAACUCGCAUCGAUUACAUUGAGAUCGUCUUUGCAAUUUCCUAUUCCAAUUGAUGACUAUAGAUCUUUAUAUAAAUAUUUUUCACUUUGUCAAGUUUCAGUCUUAUUUGAUGGUGACAACUUAAUAUUUGUAAUUCAAAUUCCUCUGGUUCACGAACAGACUUUUAUACUUUACAAAUUAAUUCCUCUUCCUAUUCCUACGGUAGAAAAAAACAUAUUUUCCUAUAUUGAUCCACAAAACACCUAUUUAUUAAUGAGUGUUACCAAGACGCAUUAUGGUCGUUUGAAGGAUAUUUCUGCAUGCCUUAAAUUGUCUGAAUCCGAGUGGAUGUGUCCACAACCCGUUAUCUACUUGACUUCUCAACGUCCUGUCUGUGAUGUUCGCCUGCGAACGGAAAAUCUUAACUUUAUUCCAGACGAUUGUUCUACGAAAACAAUGAAAGCCGAAGUCGAAAUUUGGCAUACACUACGGUCCAAUCAAUGGUUGUAUGUUCUUUCGUCCGUCACCCCAGCCACGAUUUCCUGCGACCCGAAGGAUGAUCAGAUUAUCGAUAUUAAUUUUCAAGGAACUGGUAUUUUCACACUCCGACCCAAAUGUAAAUGUUACACAAUGUCAACCAGCCUCAUCGCAAGUUACAACGUGACUAAGAAUUUUACGAACUUUAUUCCUUCAGUUGACAUUAGUAGCGAUGACUGUUGUAUCAAGGAACAACAAAUUUUGAAAGCAGUCGAGAUGAAACCUCUGGAAUUAAAUAAUCUGAAUUUGGAUGAACUUCGUCACAGCAAGCACCAACUUGACAAGUUUGAAGAAGAGCUUCGUGCCGAAAUAAACAAACCAUUCCCAUGGGGACAUCGGACUUUUUGGGGUUCCCUAAUUGGCGUUAUAACUGUUAUAACUGUUCUACUCAUCUUUUGUUGUUGUUGUUGUAGGUACUGUUUUGACUGUACCUGGUUGCCGUAUAUUGGUAAACUCAUUCCCAAGCGCUCGAGUUGCUUCAUCGAGUACUGUUACAACAGCAAGAAUCACAUAACCAACAGUGUGAUUUGCGUUCCUGAGUCUCGUCGCAACAACACCACCGAUGAUGAUGAUAUCAUGUUGCCACUCAAAGUUUUGUCAAAAUCGUCAUCCAAUGAGACGUCUACUUUAGAAACUGUCGAGGAAACACCGGCGGUUUCCAAUCCGUAUAAUCUACGAUCUCGGAAAUCAUUGAGUCGCGAGAAUCUUUCCAAGUAAUCCUUCGUAUGUAAAUUUGUACCUAUAUAUUUGUUAACUUUCCUUUUUGAUAAUGUUUCAAUCUAUUUUUGUAAUAAUUUUGUCACUGACGUUCAUUUUAAAAGAGGGGAAGAGUGUUAUGUACCUAUCCCACAAUUUGUGUAUUUUUCCAUUUCGAUCCAUGCAGUUUAGACUUAAAUAUGUACAAUUAGAUUAUAUUAUCAUGUCUUUAACCCGCUUCGUGCAUCCCGUGCUCGGUAUAAAGUUCUAUUUGUAUUUAUUUAUCUGUAAUCAUUUUCUUUGUAAACCGAGUACAUAAAAUGUUAGCAACGCAUCAUUCUAGACACAAUUGAAAAUUAGACAAUUCGAUACAGUCCGUUCGGUUCCUUUCAGUUAUCCCGUAUUUUAGCACACUUAUUAUAAUACCUUUAAGAAGAUUUUGUUAAUAAAUGGUGAUAUUGGAAUCUGGGUUUUUCUGAGACAACUAAAGACAGGAGUUC